AUGUCAAAAAAUGAGUUAGAUAUCAUCUUUGAGCAUUACGAUAUCGGAUUAAUUGUUCUCACCAAAAUUCACAACAUAAGAAAAAAAUAUGAAGAUGAAAAAAACAGCAUGCAGAACGAUGACAAUAAGCUGGACAAGGAAGAUGCGGAGUCGUUUGAAGAAAAAGUUAGAGCCUUUUUCCUGAACUAUAAGAUGGACCCUCCACAUGGCCAAAAUGAUGAUACAGAGAAUGGGAACAAUAAUGGCCAUAAAAACGAUGGAAGGGAUGUCCUUAAUGACCAAACGGAUAGGCAGAACUCGAACAAAUCAGGCGUUAGGAAGAGCAAUUCCUUUCAACCCACUGCAAAAACAAAGGGGACAAAACGAGAAGGCGAUAAUAGCAAACUUCACAAUGUACCGGAAGGAGCGCCUCAAAAAGUCGACCAGCGGGAUAACCACAGCGUUGUGCAGAAUGACAAACAGAGUAUCACCCAAAACGCAGAUACUAAUCGAACUGUACAGACCAAUCCCCACGAAAUAACCCGCAACGAAGUUACCAACAUAAGUACAUUAAAAUCAGAAGGAACCACUGGCAAUCAUGAUAUGUGCCCAAGAAAUAUAAAAUUAAAGGUGGAAGAAUGCGAUGGUGAAAAUGAGCCCAGAGACAGAGAGCACCCGGAACAGGUAGAUAACACCAGCAUGAGCAGUCACAGCACAAUGAGCUCAAAUGAGAACCCUUCCCGUAAUCUGAACAACUCAAAUUGUGCGAGCCAUAACCUGAUGGAAACGAAAAAAAGAAAUGCACAAGAAAUGGGAAAGCUCAUCAAAAUAGAGGCAAGUGGUGAAGAGAAAGAUAAGGGACAAACGAGGACAGGUCAAAUGAGCCAAAUUAUUCACACAGAGCAGCGCCCACAGAAGAAAAAACAAACACGAGGAUCUAAACACGCAGAGAGGAGGAAGGAAAGGAAACGGGGGAAGCAACGCGUGGCGGUAGAGGUGAAAAGGGAACUUGUGCGAAAUGAAGCGGACCCAAAUGGGGAACACCCAAACGGGGAGCACCCAAAUAACACAAACAAUCACCACCGCGGCGAGAAGGCAAAACCCAGGAGAGAGCCGGAUGACACCAUUUUCCCCGCACGAAAGAAAAACGAAAGUUAUAAAAAAUUCAGCAAAAGAAUCAACAGAAAAAAAAUAAACGAGUUUGUAGACUACCCAGACGAACACUGCUUUUACAUCACAGAUCUGUGCAAAAAGGGAACCAUGCUAUCGCUCAAGAGGAACCAAUUAACCAACCAGCAUAGAGAUAAAUAUAAAUUUUCCUUUUACCCGAAAUUUAUAACCCCUCUAGGCACCAACCAGUACCUCCCAUUUAGUAGGGAAGUACAGCCAUUAAGCAAUAUGUGCAUGAAGCUGAACUUAUUUAAGCAGCUAAAUGAAAAACCCCUCACCCCAGGCACCCUUAAUGAAGUAGGUAACCCCCAGAAUGGUAAAGAAAAAAGACCACCCAAUUCGUGUGCCUCACUUAACGAAUAUGACAUUUUACAAAGCUGCUACCAAGUAGAUGAAAGUCACAUGUCCAAUCACACCUACACCCUCGAUAACGUCGAAAAUGUGGUCUAUAACACGUGUGAUUGCUCAACCUUCAUGAAUUUACAAAAAAUUGCUUUCGACUUGAACGAGGGGGACAUCCCAGCUGUCGGGGGGAAUGUGGGCAACCCGAGCGAGACACGCCUCCUCAGCUUUAACAGCAUGGAGGGGGAUAACGCGAAGGGAGUUAUCCAAAAGGACGACGGACGCAGAGGGGACGCCCCCCCGAAGGGAAGCUACGAGCAGCCUACAGCAACGAAUAGUAGAAGUGACGAACGUGCUGCAGCCAAUGGCAGAGGUGACGAACGUGCUGCAGCCAAUGGCAGAGGUGACGAACGUGGUGCAACCAAUGGCAGAGGCAACCACCGCGCCACCGCCAAAAGCAGAAGCGAUGCAUGCAAAAAAUUAAAAAACGACCAGCACAAUUUCCAGAAUAAAAACCCACAGCAAGGGGGGAGUGUCGCCAAAGGGAAACCCGCUAAUGGGGAGACACACAAAGAAGCAACAGAACAGAUCAGCACGAUGAACCAUUUAACCGAUCUUGUAAAACGCGAACCGACACUCCCCACCACCGAUCGUCACCACAAAAUGUACAACGAGGCAGAUUGCAUUUUAUGCUCAAUUGAUCCCAGUGGCGUGGCAACCCCUGAACACAGGAAGGAACAUUUCUUGAAUAUGAGCUCCCACUUGGAAGACAACAUCGCGGGCGGCAGCAGCUACGCAAAUGGUGCUUACCCAGCAUACCAAGCAUACCCGGGAUAUGCAGCAUACCCAGCGUACCAAGCGUACACAGCAUACCAAGCAUUCCCACAACACUCAACAUACCCACAAUGCGCAACAUACCCACAAUGCGCAACAUACCCACAAUACGAAACAUACGCAACAUGCCCAGCAUACCCCCCGUACUCACCGCUCACUCUCAAUUCAAAUCUUCAAGGAAGCCCCACGAUAAGCAGCCACCUGAGCAGCAACAACGUGGAGAAUUAUUUCCCCAGCGCAGAUGGCACAAACUGUAGGAUUAGAAAUAUAAGUUUCAACCCAAAUGGCAGCCUCUCAGCAGGUGUCUACAACAACCCUUUGGGAACUCCCCCCCAUGACAGCAUACUCCCCAUGAGUAGUAACAAUUAUACCCUUAACAGAAACAGCAUAAGUAUAUUCUCCGACGGGAACAUCCUCACGGAUAACCCCCUUCCAAACAGCAAUUUAAAUUUUAGCUGCCUCAAAAGUGACUUAUUUAAUACAAGAAAAAGUUUCUCUCAUAAUAAUUAUUAUCACCAUUUAAAUCCAUACUACAUUUUCAACCAUAGUAAUGACCCGGACAUGACCCUCCACAAUUAUUACAGCAAUGGUUACGCCAGAAUGAACAACCGAAGCAGUAGUUACACUGGUGGAAGAAUAACCAACGGCGCUCUCCUCUUCGCAGAUAGGGAAUACAUAAACAUGUUUGCAAAAAAUUACACGAAAAGGAGUUUCCUCGAUAGGAAUCCUUCCAACCAAGACACCUCAUCGGGGAUAUGUAACCACAACUUCGCCCCGUUCAUGUGUAACCAAAACGGCCAUUUGAACCACCAGAUAAGCAGCAUAAACAAUAUGUUGCAUACCAAUCAGUACACCGACAGUCACAGUGGAAGCACCCCGCAUAGAGACAAAAACGAAGGCAACUCUCACAAGCUAUCACUCACAAACCGUAACCAACUACUCAGUAUCAAUCCAUUUGGCACAUCAACACCUGGGGAGUGUUUCCGCAACACCAGUCCAAUCAACUUGGAGAACCAGCCUCCCCUUUCUGCCAACAUUUUAAUCGUCCAAAAUGCACAUGGAGGGCAAGUAAAAAAAAUGCAGUACCUGCUAACCGAUUCGUCAAACGGGCAGAUUUGCCCACUUACAGAUGGCUUGUCGGUGUUGGAUGGCCCGGCAAGCCUCCAGGACGUUGCUGUGCAUUAUCUCACCGAUGAGUUACCCGUUAGAAAGGGGAGUGGCGGUGCAGUGCGCAGUUCUAGCAACGGUGCUGGAGGAGGGCCCCCCAAAAUAGUCAAACACGAAAUAGAAGACACACACGCGGACGCAGCCCCGGGGGCAGAAAAAGCGAGCCCAGAUAACCCCAUCGAAGGUAGGCACUCAACUGCGCAAGGAGGAAGCCCCAACAAUAACGAGGAAGCCACGCAGGUGGUCCCAAACAGCCACCCAUCUCUCACAGAAACAGGUUAUCCAGAUAUUCGCGCAGCCAAUAGCGAGGAAGGGCAUCAAAACGAAGGCCCAACUUAUGCCUUGGCAAAUAAAUCGCACAGGGGAGAAAACAAAGAGACAGGAAUUGCGGGGGAUCUAACCUGCGUAGAGGAAGGCCGAGCGAAUUUCCCCCACGACGAUAAAACAAUGAGGAGGUAUAGCAACACGCCAAACUUGGCAAAGCAUGAGAAGGCGGAUUUGCUCUGGGUGGGCAUGGGCGAAGUGAGCAGACAGGGAGCCGAAUUAGAGGGCGCACCCGGCCACAUGUUUCGCCCGGACGCCGAUCAGGAGGAGCAGCAGCAACCGCGGCAAUCGCAACCGCAACCGCAGCGGCAUCACUACCACCACCAAUCGCAACAGCCGAACCCGCCCCCCGCGGAGGACCCCCACUUUUCGGCGAACGCGCAACAAGGACAUCUCAACGGGGGGGGAAACACCUUCCUGUCCGCGUCAAACCAGGGAGAGUGCCAUAAUUCGGAAGGCCCCAUUAUUCCACUCUACACGCAUCAGCAAAACGACGCAGGGAAAGAAAAUAAAACACACAGCAGCAACGGCGAAGUAAUUAUGUACCCAACCCCGUACUAUGUGAAUUUCCUCCCCCACCCGAUAAAAAGCGAACCCCUUUUUGAUGGCCAAAAUGUGUAUAGCCAAAUGAGAGAAGAAAAUAAGAAUGCGCCAAACUACCAUUUUGAGGGAAAUAACUACACAAUUUACCCUAACAAGACGGACGAGGUGCUCCUUGAAAGCACCCCAGAAAGUAUAAUUGCCUACAUGAAUGAACCCUCACCAUGGUUGCAACUACAUAAGAAGGACCAACCGAAUGAGUCCCUUUUCUUCAACUCCAAUGAACAAAGAAGCGACACCAGCUAUGCCCUAAACCACGUAAAUUAUUUCCACCUGCAAAAUGGGCACUACAAUGAGGAAGACAAAUACGGUAGAGUUAAAGACAUUAACAAAGUGCUCGUUCAAAAUAGUGAAAAUUACGUUUUAACAAAGCAGGAAACUUACAGGGAUGCCCCUCCUAAGAAUGUACAAUUGCAAUCACAUGGUGUGAAUGACUUUCCACUUUCGAUGAAGAAUGAUGGACUGGGCGACUGCGUGAUGGAGGGAAAUGUGAAUAUGGACAUCAUAAGGGACGAGCUGAACAACAGCGGCGGUAGCACCCUCAGCAGAAGCACGCCCAGCAGUGCGCCUAACAGAAUGGACGCGGUUAACACGAUUAACCCCGUCAGAAGUGGGAACAACAUGAGCAUCCACCCCAACAGCGUUGUGGACAAAAGGACAAACCGAAGUGAACCCCCAGCUGAUAACUUCCACCCCCCACGGGGCGAAAACACAUUUGUGAACAGCUACUUGGUGGAUUCCCAUUUCAACACGCCACAACAGUUGCAGUAUUACACAGAAGGUCAUAUGAUGCCCACAAACUUCCCACCCCUGAAUGCUCAUUAUGCGCAAAAUAAAUUCCUCUGUUUGAAGAACAAAGAUCAAUUUGAACCUGGCAACAUGGCACCGGUGCCACACACCUCACAGGACAAUUACGACGAUAGGAUUAACGCCAAUGUUGAAGAUCUAAGCGUUGUCCAUCCCUACCGCGUGAUGGAAACGCGGAACAAUGUUCAGCAUAGCUAUAUGCCCUACGAUUCUAACUACUACUUUGAAGGGCUGAACCCAAAUUCCUCCUGCUAUGGUGGCAAUGUAGACAGCCUGAACCCAUUUAACGAUGACCAGCUAAAUGCUUCAUACAGCAACUGUUACUUAAGCAGGUAUAAUGUGGACAAUCAUUAUGGCGAUCCCAAUGAACGGAACAUGUAUGAGCAGGGCCUACUUAACCAAUUUAGGAGCACCCAUGGGGGAUCCCCCUUCCCCUUUUACAACCCAUUAAGUGCGUACGCAGAAGGGGGAGUCGCUAAACAUGGGUUCGCCUACAGACAUGUAAACGAGAGCGCAAACAUUAAUGCGAACAGCGGUCAGCACGCCAAUCAGCACACCAAUCAGCACUCUAGCAUAAUCCUGCACAGCGGAAGCGCGCGGCGCGUGGGGGAAACCCCCGACGACCCUGGCCGCAACCCGGACUCCUUCGACCACCACGAUGAAGCGAAAGCUGAUGGCGCAAAUAACAACGGGAGUGCACGAAGCAGUACCCGGAACGGAAACAACAUCCCCAACAGCAACAUUAAUGACGGCGGCACGAUCAUCCAAACACCCACCCUUUUCAACCACGAGAUUAACAACCUAUAUAGCCAAGCCAACAUGGAAAACACACAAAAUAUUAGCGAAAACGACCCUGCAUAUGCGCAAACGCCAGGAAGUGACAGCUUUAACAGAACAAAUGAAAAAUACCAGCCAUCACAGAUAGGUACAAAUAACAACCUAUACGGCAGCAUCCAAAGCGACCUUACUAAAAACAAUUCCCUAUGCGACUUCUUGCCGAGCGAAAAUAAUGACCGUUACGAAAUGAUUGCCAGCUUAACCCCUAGAGAGUCACCCAACUGUUACCUUAUUCCUACGAGUAGCAGAAAACAUCUGAGCAGCUUCAAUUCGAAUGCCACCGCUGAACUGGUGAGUCUUAACAACAGCGCAGAUGUGUUCAACGUUCGCACGACAGAUGAUUUAACAAAUAUUUUUGCCAACAAUGGAGAGCAAGUCAAAUGGGACCACCUCUUAGAUCACACCAUCCCCACCCACCAUGAUCACGUCAUCCCCACGUACCAUAACCCCACCGUGUACAAUUUCCAUCACAAUUGUGGUGGCCAAAACGGGGUGGACAGUAGAACCCAUAUGCAGAACCCACCACCUUAUAACCAUUUGGCUAGCUUAAAUGACAUCCUCCCAAGCAGUCUCAAUAAGGUUGUAAGAAACUGCAGUAACGGGAUGACGCACCAAAGCAACAGCAACAGUCGAUACACAAAUAGCGCGAACAACUACAACCAGUGUAGUGCUUGCAAAAGCAUACCAGCAACCAAUUUGAGCUUAGCAAAAAUGCAAAAUGGAAGUAUAGAAAAAGACAGCCCCCCCAGUGACGCCCCCCGCUUCACCAACCGCAGACAUGCCCACACGGGUGAUGACAACAGGACGGAUAAGCGGCCAAACCAGUUGUGCAGCUACCCAACGAGUGAAAAUAGCGUUGCCAUCGUAAAACAGGAAAAUGACUUCUCUACAGAUGGAGCUAGAAAUGGAGAUGCAUCAAAUGACACACAGGUGUGGGGCCCCCAAAACGCCGCAUGCCUAUAUGGUACACAAAAUAACCCCCUCCAACAGAUCAUAAGCCAUUUCAACCCAUAUAAUGACGGCUACAACGGUAUGCACCCCGUAAAUUAUCGCCCCAACUUCCCCAAUGGGGAAAAUUACCACCCAUAUGUUGCUGCCCACAAUUUUAACCUAAUGAACGGCCAUGAUGAAAACAACGCCGAGGGUUCUAACAACCCAUUUUUGUGUAUGAACAAAGGUCCCACGUCUGAACAAGCCAACAGCGCCAUUACAUACGAAAUGACUAGCGAAGUGAACCCCCAUGCAAGCACUACAAAGAAGAGCGAUUACAACAUCAUCUGGUAUAAUCUACCUAAUGGGGUGCAAGUAAAAAAGGAAAUAUUCUCAAACGAUUUAGAAGACACCACACCUUUUGGCAGCUACCCAAGUGGGUACCAUCAAUCAUUUGACCCAAAUGGGGGGAAGCGAAACACCCCACUGAAUUGUAACCAUCGCGUAAAUUCUUCCAAUCUUCGUGCGGUCAACUCGUGUGAGAGCGCUUACGAUGCCACAUCAAAUCAGCUCCUAAACUACAAACACCAACCGUGUAAUAAUAUGAACAACUUAAAUGCACUGGGGAACAAUUUGAUGAACAUCAUUGGGUUCAACAAGAUGUGCAAACUGCGAGACGAUUUAUACUGCAUGACAAAUUUGAGAGAGCAGAAAGGGAAAAAUGGAACACCCUCAAGUUAUCCACUCAACGGGGAGUGUAACAACACAGAUGGGAAUAACCCCAUUGCCACAACCUGUAUGAGCGAUCUAAACAAAUUGAUCACUUCGAAGGAGGAGAGGACGGAAAAUGUAAAUUUCCUGCUGCCCUGCAUAAGUAGAAGUAACAACCCAAACGGCACCGACAAGUUAAGCCCCUUUUUUGGUAACACGGUUGUCGGUAGAAACUGCCUGAACAAUAACAACCGCUUAGUGCAGCAGCAAAACGCCUUGUGCAAUAUGUUAGGCAAUGGAGGCACUCUUCUCGGGGGAGAAAACGUUGACAACGACCCGACGAACCUGAAUCGCCUGAAUCGCUUGAAUCGCUUGAAUCGCUUGAAUCACCUGAAUCGUCUGAGGAAUAAUAAUUAUAAUACCUACAUGUAUUUGUUUUAUUUGUAUAAGCAAAUCGAAAACGGCAAUCAUGUCAGCAGUAGAAAUGUAGCUGAUGGCACGAAUAGCGGCAGCGGAAAUGUAUAUGUCCGUAAAAACCUAAUGGAUCUGAACAAACUACACCCCCCCUUGUGUAAGAGUAGCACCCCAGAUGGCACUAACGCGGGGUGCGAAAAGUGCGCUAAUGAGGGACCCCGAAAUGGCCAGAAAACUCGCAUCCAACAAAGCGGUGAGACACAACCCAAAGAUGCAUUCCAAAAUGUUCCCUCACAAAAUACAAACCAAGACAGAACAGACCAAAACAGAACAAACCAAAACAGAACAAACCAUUACAGAGAAACACAAAAACCUUUUAACAACAGACCUCUGGAGGCAGACUCAGUCAGAAAUGGGAGCAACGAAAUAAACAGGUACAUCGCAAAUUACCAAAACCAACUCAACUGCAUUAACAGCCUUAAGGAUAACUUGCUCAACUGUAAUGUGUAUAACGUAGGCGUUCCCAGUAAAAGUUACCCACAAAAUUAUCCUAUACAUUUAAUGAACUGCAACGUGAUGAGUGGCAACACGGUAAGUGGCACCCCCCUAAGUGGCAGCCCUAUUGGUAGCACCCCCCCAGGUGGCAAUUCCCUUUACCUAAAUGUUUUAAAAAAUGUUCUGCCUCCCCAGCAUAGUAAUCUUAGUGAGCAACAUUUGACUGAAAAGAAUAAGCUCCUAUUAACUGAAGAGAGCAAAGACCACAUAGGCAGUAACAUUAACCUGGCUUCUAACCAACUGAAGAACAUCCUCCACAGUGACGGCAGAACCCCCAAUGCUGCCAGCCCCGUCCACAUCCCGCUCAUAAAUUAUUACAAUCUGCAGUUGUUGCUCAACUACCUGAGGGAAAAGCAGAUCUACAACUCGAUGAACCAAGCCGCUGCACAGGUUGGCACGGAUAUGAGGGGCAAAAAGGGCCAUGGCGGCGAUGUGACUGCCAGAACGAACGGUACCGCGAACACCAACGGGAACGACUACGACGGUAAGAACAGCGGUGACGGGAAAAGCACCCACAAGGACGGUGCGAAGGAUGCUGGGAAGACGAAUGCCAAAGGGGGGAACGCCAAAAAUCCGAGGAAGCACAGCUAUUCCAUAUCCUCCGUGGGGUUCAGCAACAGAAGCAAGAGAUGGACCAUUUGCCCCUCUUACGUCUGCUGCAACAGCGCCCUCUGCAGAUUCAAGCUCACGUGCAAUUUCAAGUUUCUGCAAUUCAACCAGGAUUAUAACACGUUUAACACGCCAUGCGCUGUAUACAACUGCUACAAAAAUAUUAUGAACAAGCAUAAUUACUUUACCUCCACAUUGUGCCCACAACAGACGUACCUAUCCAAGCACUCAGCGCAGGAGCACGAAACCAUUUUCAACGUCUACUGGCACCUGCUGAACAAGGAAAAGUAUCAGUACAUACAAAACAUUAUCCUCUUCCUGGACAGCAAUUUAUAUACGCGAGCCGUGUGGUUACUAAAAAAGGGCUACAGCAUGGACGACUUCCAAGUCCAGAAGGCGGAAAGGAAAUUGAUAAAGUUGAUGCUCCUAGUUUUCAAAUUUACCCAUGACUAUAAAAAUGACAGUGGGAAGUACGAGCAUAUUAAGUCCUUUCUGUAUUCCCUCAAGAGCAGCCACAUCAAUUUUGAGCUCAUGAAUCGCUUCCUCUUCUACUGA